UACAACUACUGAUCUAUUAAAUCACGCCCCUUGCCUCCUCUGUAUAUGUUAAACUGCAGUACUUUAAAACUUGCACUUCUGCUUCCUCACUGAGCACUUGGCAGCAGAGCCUGCUCAUUAUCAGCAAGAACUAAAAAGAAGAAAAACAGGAAAAAAUGCAGCACGACUUUACAGAGGGAGAAUUCUACCAAGCAAACUUUGAGGCCGCUGCCUACCUCACAACGUACUAUUCAUCAGAAACUGGGAAUGCAUUUGAAGGAAGUCAGUUGUCGUUUACUUUAAGUACGCUUUGUCAGGCCUUUGCCUCAGGUCACAUCACAGGUAAACUGCUUAUUGACAUUGGAAGUGGUCCUACUUUACACAAUGCUCUUAUUGCUUCUGAAUAUUUUCAAGAAAUUAUAAUGUCUGACUAUGUUGAGUGUAAUAGAAAAGAAAUUGAAAAGUGGCUCAGGAGAGAAAGUGGAGCCCACGAUUGGAGUCAUGUCUCAAAGUUUAUCUGUGACAUUGAAGGCAAAAGAAGUACCAUAGAAGAAAGAGAAGAGAAGACACGCAGUGUGAUCAAGCAAGUUCUAAAAUGUGAUGUCACUCAAAUCAACCCGUUUCACCCCAUCGUUUUGGAGCCUGCAGACUGUCUGCUGACAUCUCUGUGCCUGGAAUCUGCUUGUAAAGAUCAGGAGGCAUACCAGAAUGCACUUGGGAAUAUUGCGACUCUUCUGAAACCAGGAGGAACUCUGAUAAUUAUUGGUAUGCUGAAGGAGACCUUUUAUACAUUAGGGAAGUACAAAUACUCCUGCUUGUAUAUUGACCAGAAUUUUGUGAAGAGUGCUUUGCAAAAGCAAGGUUUUGUUAUACAAAAAUUUGAAGCAAAACCUGGUCCUGAUAAGGCUACGAAUAUAAUGUCUGAUUUUGAGGAAAUAUUUGUUCUUGUGGCACAGAAAACAGGUUGACCUGCUAUAUAUAUGUGUCCCUGUUAGGCUGACUGGAGGUAGAAUGAAAAGACCAAGUGUCCCAAAUAAUUAAAGAUUUAAUCAAACAAUAGAAUGCAAAUUGUUAUAAUGCAUUUACUUCCAGCUUCACAUCUCUUUCUUGGUUUCUCCUCCUUUGUACUUCUCACACACCUGUCUAUCCCAAUUUGUGGUGUAAGUACAACAUAUUCCUACACUACUUAAAUGAGUACUCCAGCCAAAAACAAUAUUUUUCUCAAAUGUUACUUACUCCAUGUGCUUUAUAGGGAUGGUCAAGAAAUAUAAGAAAGUUUAUGAUUCGCAACAGGGAACCAAUGCAGUACAACAGCAAACAAUAUCAAAAUACCCAUGAAACAUCAAUGAAAAAAUUUCAUGUCAUUUGCAUUGCAUAAUCCAUAUGCCCAAUGUCCUUUUGUAUGGUCAACACAUGUGUACAUUUUUUGCUAAAAUAUUAUCUGUUAUCUCAAGAAAACUCCACAUUAGAACGUCAAUACGAAAGAUGUCAUUCGCACAAUAUUGUGUAUUUGCAUUAAAGACAGAUUCUUCACCAAUGAAGUAGGGGGCAGGUUAAACGUUCAUUUGUAUGUGCGCACACACACGAUCCUUCUUUGUCUAUGAGAGUGCUUUCUAGAAGUAGUUUAUUUAAAAAUAUUUAAGUGGAAAUACAUGUUUUGGACAUUUUGAGCAAGCAACUGGGUGGCUUUGCAUGUAGAUUGUACGUGAUGAGUAAUGUGAGAUUUUUUCAUGGACUUUUUGAUGUUGUUUGCUGUUGUACUGCAUUUGUCUCCUACCACAAUUGUUGAACCAUAAAUUUUCUUACCUCGUUUCUGAAGGAAAACAUGAGAUUAAAAAUUUUUCUCAGUCAUCACUAUAAAGUCCAUGGGGUAAUAAACAUUAAUGCAAAAUAUCAUUUUUGGGUAGGGUACUCCUUUAAGUAUAGUACUUCAAUUACAGUAACAUUGCUUUGAUACUGGGUUUCACCCGUUUACAGAACUGAGCAGAAAUGUGUGUAGUUGUACACAUUGUCUGAGGAUGCCACAAAAAUGUGCGUAGCCUUAUGCCAAGUUUAGUUUUUAUACAUCUUGAUGUGAGUGUAGAAUAGGCGUAUGCAAUAAUUUUGUGAGUAUGCACCAUUUAUACAUGAGGCCCAUGGACACGGCAAAAAUUGGGGAGGAUAAGGAGCAGUUGUUAAGUCUGUACAAGUAGUUAAACCAGGUAUCUUUAAAAAUGUUCUCAUGAAGUCAAGAUGAUCUCACAUUAGAUGAACUCAAAUUAUUUUUUAGGCUACACAUUAGAGAUAAAAGCAGCACACUGUUUCAGGAACUGAGCAAUACGACAAAACUAGAUAGGGAAACACCUAACAAUUUGUAUAUCAAAAAAUGGACCUUCGGCACUGUGUUCUGCUCACAUCAGAGCAACAUUGAGCUGAAUUCAGUUAAGAUAAAAAAUUAGUGCAGGGCAUAUUCCUUCAUACCUUUUAUCAAGGGUUGAAUGAGAAAAAUAAUGGACUAAAUGUGAACAGUGCCAUUUAGUUCUGGCUUUGUUGGGUCCUACUUUGGGACUGACCUAAAUUAAGACUAUUUUGUGGGAAGAUAAUUGUUUACCUGUCAGAAAAUGUUGGGGAGUGUUGGAUUUAUAGUAAUUUCUAAUCUAUCAUUUCCCUUCCUUGGGGUCACUUGAUUUGUUAAUGGGGCCAAGAGAAAAUAUUUAAAAUUAGAAAAAAAAACAUUAAACAAUGUAUUGAAUACUGUAGGCAGUGAAUGUCAAUAUUUCAAACAGCUGGGGUUGUGAAAAAGCUCAGAUUUCAAAAUGGGGUCACAAACCAAAAAAAACCUGGGAACCUCUGUUCUAAUCGUUUUCAUGUCAGGUUCGGAAUAACAAUGGAUUGGAUUACACAAUCUAGCCAUACACUGACAGUGAUUUCUUGUACUAGACUGUUAACAUGGCAGGUCAUUUUGUUUAGCUAGAAGAAUUGUGAUGUUCUUAACAAUAUAGAAAAACGUUGUGUUAUUUUAUCCAAAGAAUGUAAUAUCUUUGCAUGGAACAGUGCAGAGUUUUCAUGUAAUUAUCAGAUAUCUACCAGCUAGCCUCCUGCUCAAGUAUCUUAUUAAUUUUUGGCGUUUUAAUUGAACUGAACUCUGAUGUGAUGGACUUGUUGGUGUCAAUUGGCUGUCUGCACAAGGUAAGCGUGAGGUUUUAAAUGUUGAUUGUGACCAUUUUUUUAUCUGUGCGAUUACUUUGUUGUAAUUAUAUAAAAGAACAAAUAAAAACACUUCUACGUGCGCUGAAAUUGA